AUGGCGGAUUGGUACAGCAGGAGAAAUGGGGAUUUCGAGGAAGCAGAGGUCUGGUCCUUCGCGAAACAGAGUGAACCCUCCCCUGCUUCUUCUUCCAAUACCAACAGGAAAUCCUCUGUUUCCUCCUCUGCCACUCGGCGGAGCACUACCACAGCGCCUCGAGCCAUUCCGGCCGAAUUCCCCGGCGAAGGUAAAUCGACACCGGCGACGGCUCAGCGCUCCUCGGCUCCGAUGAACAUCCCCGACUGGUCGAAGAUCUACGGCGCGAAUAAUGGCGGGUACUAUGUUGAUUACCAGAACAAUGACGAUGCCCAUAACGAUGACGACGGCGACGAUGACGUGGUGCCGCCGCAUGAAUGGCUGGCGAAGAAGCUGGCGAGGUCGCAGAUUUCUUCGUUUUCGGUUUGCGAAGGGAUGGGGAGGACCCUGAAAGGCAGAGAUCUGAGUAAAGUGAGGAAUGCCAUCCUGACCAAAACUGGUUUCCUGGAGUGA